GGUAACCCCGUCUCCUGCCUCCGGGCGCGCGCUGCAGUGAGUCAGUGAGCAGCAGAGAGACAGAGGACAGACGGGGAGUCACCGACAGAGACCGACGGACCGGAGACACUACGGACACAGUAACUACGGUAACCGUUAGCCUGCUAGCCUGUUAGCUUCCCCGCAGCUGCUGAGGCGCGAGACCCUCACCAUUACUGAGACUGAUGACGAGCGACGGCCGCGGUGUUGCUUCAGCCUGACAGACUCCAACUUAUACAGAUGGGCGUCCUCUCCGACUGUCAGACUGCUCAGCUGAUCUGGAGUCAGUCAGCUGACAGUUGAACUCACCUUCCUGGUUCAGGUGAAGACAGCAGCCAAUAGGAUGAGUCUGCUGAAGGGGGCGGAGCCUGGACCAGAGAUGGAUACCAAGGUGCAGACCUGGGCUCCAUCUCUGGAGGAACUGGAGUGUAAGAUCUGCUUCAGCCGCUACGACGCUCGCAGCCGUAAACCCAAACUGCUGCGCUGCCGACACCUCAUCUGCGCCCGCUGCCUGAAGAAGAUGGUCAACAUGGGAGAGUCCUCGCCGUGCAUCAUCAGCUGUCCAUUCUGUCGCCAUGAGACCCGCGUCCCCGACGACGAGGUGUGGCUGAUGGAGGACGACCGCUACAUGCUGGCUGUUCUGUCCCAUCAGGAUCAAUUCAAGAGAGGAGAAGAGAUGCUGCUGAGUCCCCACAGUCUCCCCGGCGGCAGCGUGGACUCAGACUUUAUGCUGAUCUCCGUCAUGGCGCUCACCGAGGACUCUCCGAGCAUGCUCAGUCUGUUUCGGCCGACCGGCCGCGACUUGCUGCCCGCCAACCUGCCAGUGAACAAGUUUGGCACCUGGAAGUCCUGCAGCAUCCCCCGCUGCCUGCUGGGGGCGCUCUGCCUGUGGUCCGGACAGUUUUCUUGGAUGGAGUCCAGUGGAAAUAAGGACCAGCUCUUCUGCAGCAUGUGCAGACAUUUCCCCAGCGGAGCUGACAGCCAAUCAGAGAGAGAGGAGGCCCUCACAGAGGUAUACUUCAGUUCUCUUCCUCUGGGGAUCUACCUGCUGAUGAUUGGUCGGUUGUGUCUCGGCGUUGCCAUGGUGAGUCUGGUUCCCUCCACGCUGCUUCUGCUCGUCCUCUACGGCUUCUGUCAGUGCGUGUGCACGGAGCUGUGCACGGCGCUGAGGGAGAAACUCGCCGCGUGCACGCACUUGCUGCCAUGACGACGACAACAACAACACAUCCAGGAUGAAACACUGCAGAAUUUUAUUUAGUUAUUGUGAAGAAAUUUUACUUUUAUUCUAACAAUAUUCCGACUUUUAUUUUGAAGAUAUUUAAAUUUUUCUUCUGAACUUUUUUUCUCAAAAUAAUCUGAUUUUUUUUUUCUCAAAAUAUUCAGAUUUUUUGAAAUGUUGAAACUAAUGGUUGUCUUCUGUUUUGGGGAGGAGAUGUGUUAACAUUCUGAGUUUUACUUAAAGUUGUUUAAAGUCUUCUGCAGACUCCAUGUGGCGCUGAUGCUAACCAUUCAUAUGUGUAUAUAUCUCUAUAUAUACAUAUAGAGAUAUAUACACAUACGCACAUAUACAUACAUAUAUAUAUAUAUAUAUAUAUAUAUAUAUAUACAUACAUAUAUAUAUAUAUAUAUAAACGUAGAUGCUGCCUCCGGCUGUGAGAUACCGUCUCUGGACAUCUGACCCGUUGGGACCAUAAAGACUCAGAGAAAAUGACUUAUUAGUUCAUGAGAAGAAAAGCCAAACAUAGCGACAUGGAAUAACAUUUCACAGAUGAUAAAUGUCUUUUACAAUAUUUGACUGUUACCAACGUGUUGAAGAGGAAACGUUAAUCCUUCAUGUUCCUGUCCUGAUGCUGAGCUAAGCUAACGCUCGCCUGUGUCAGCUGAACUAUAUGUUGUUUCAGUAGUUAGUAAUAACUCAGUAAAAUGCUGUUAUGUGUCUGUUAUUAAACUGUUCCUCGAGUCAUCCA